GGACCGAAGAAAAGUAUUCUCCCGCAGUUCAGCAAACGAGAAGCUACUACAUCUCCUCAAAAAUGGCAAAAUUCGCAUCUCUCGCUCUCCUCGCCGUCUUCCUCGGAGUCUGCUCCGCAGCAAGCUUUGGAGGAGUGAAGGAUUUCGCCGGAAACUACUAUGAUUUCACGACAGGACAAUACUCCAGCGCCCUCACCGGCAAGGUCUACAAUACUGCUCCCAUUGCCUACGUUCCCCCUGCAGUCGCCCCUGUCGUAGCCGCUCCCGCCGUUGCUCCAGUAGUACCCGCUCCUGCUGUCAUCCCAGCCGCCGCCCCCCUCAUCGCCCCUGGAGCUCUUCCCGCAUCCUACGUUGCCUCUGCACCCUUCUAUCCACCCUUUUAUGGGGCUGCUGCUUACGUUGCUCCCGUAUGGAAGAAAUAGAUUCCUGAUACACCGAUAGUUCGAUCUCUCUAUUUAUAAAUUUCAAGCCAAAUGUCCAUCCUUUUUUAAUUUUUUUUCCCGGACCAAAAGCACUGGGAAUGUCCAAAAAGUUGUUUUGUUCUGAUGUUCAAGCACUUUUGUACUGGGAAAAAUAAAG